AUGGCAAGAAGAUAUGCUUCGCUGGGACGUUAUGUCGCCGUGUUUGUUCUUGGUCUCUGUAUUCCACUGCUCGACGUGACGGGGCCAUUGCUUCCAGAAUGGAAUUUCCUUAGCCCCGCGAGGUGGCUCUGGGAUGAGCAACAUGCCUUGAAGGCGUUAUCGACAAACCAUCGGUACUCGGUGCAGGUGCUGUCUACGGACCCUUUGAUGGUAUACCUCGAUGGAUUCAUCCAUCCUAGAGAGGCAAAAUAUCUCAUAGAGCUGGGGACGCCCAAGUUUGAGCCAUCCAAAGUCUACACCAGCGACCCAGACGCCGACUGGCCGGCCCCUUCGUACCGUACCUCCGACUCAAGCGUGCUGCCAGCCAAAGACCCCAUUGUCGCCAUCAUCCGCGAUCGCGCUUACUUCGCGCUGGGCUUUUUAGACCACGUCGGCGUCGAAGCCUUCCAGCUAGUCCGCUACCACGACGGCGACCUCUUCGGCAUGCACUACGAUUGGUUCAACGACCCCCUUCCCGACGGCAAGACGGGAAAGCAUUACAACCGCCUGGCCAGCUUUUUCGUCUAUCUCGAGGCCGACUGCGAGGCCGGCUCGACAUACUUUCCCCAUCUGCCGUCGCCGCCCGCGGGGAUUCAGGAGACGGACGCGGACGCGGGGCGUUACACAUCCACCCAGAAGGGGACGGGGCUGGCCGUGCUGCCGCGGCUGGGAAGCGGCCUGUUUUGGCUCAACCUGCACCCGAACGGCACCGGCGACCCGCGGACUUUGCAUGCUGGCUUGCCUGUGACGUCGGGGAAGAAAAUUGGUAUGAAUAUCUGGAUUAAGGGACGGGUAGAGCCAGGCCCUGAGAAAAAAGUGGGAGAAUAA